CUUUCUUCUUUUUUUAGUUUACCCUUUUUUUUUUUCCUCUAUCGGUUUUAUCAGUUUUAUUAAAUGAUUAUUAUGGAUAAUAAAAAGGAGAUACAAUUUAUUUUGAAUAAAAUGAAGUCAUUGAAUCCUCAUUUGUAUUGGGAUGACAGUAAUAGGAUACAAAAAAGUCUAUGGAAAACCUUUUCUAUUGCUAUGACAACCAUCCUUACCAUAACGUUGGAUAUGAUGAAUCUGGAGGAUUGUCAUUCCAAUAGUAUGGUGUCGAAUACAAUCAAAAUGAUGAGCGCUUCUACAAUAUUACUAUCCGUCCUACGUACUAUGAUUUCCACCCCAUUGAACAAUCAUCAUGAUCAAUACAAUAAUAAAAUCAAAAGGAAUAAGGAUGCAUGGAAUCAACCUCAUUGGCUGGUUGUCCCAAAUAUCAGGAGUACAACCAAAGAAACUGAUUUAUCGUCAUUGACUGAAUUGAUGGAAUCAAAUAUGAAUUCAAUUCUAAAAUCCAUCAGUGAUAUCAAAGGACGAAUUAUGACCUAUUCAUUUCAAAAUACCAUCAAGAAUCAGUUAACCACUUCAAUCAUCUUUCAUGCACAUCUAUUACUAGAUGCUCUACUUUUAUAUUUUUCGUCUUACAAUCAAAAUCAAUGGUCUCAAUCUUUAUUUGAAUUGAUGGUUCGAAACAAUCAUAGGGGUAAACAGAAACAAUGAAAAAGUUAUUUAGUCAUUCUCACUAUAAAAGAUGAUAUUAUUUAGUAACUCCAUUGAAUUUUCAUGCUUGGACCAGAGAAAAUGACAUCAUCCACAUCAAAUUUUUAAAAUCAAUCAUGGAUGAAU